GUUAUCCUCGCGCCUCGCAAAAUUCGUCACUUCCUGUGACGGAACUAACUACUUCCGGUUUGAAGAGCCUGUCAUGGCGGCGCCCAUAGCGAUACAUCUGGAGUUCGGAGGAGGAGCCGAACUCCUGUUUGAUGGAGUCAAGGAGCACCAUGUGACACUUCCCAGCCAAUCAGAACCCUGGGACGUGAAGCAGCUGCUGGUGUGGAUUCGGGAGAACCUGCUGAAGGAGAGGCCCGAGCUCUUUGUGCAGGGAGAUUCUGUGAGACCCGGCAUUCUCGUAUUGAUCAACGAUGCAGACUGGGAACUGAUGAGUCUAGGGUGAGUUGGAGUACCAGCUUCAGGACCAGGACAAUAUCGUUUUCAUCUCCACACUUCAUGGAGGUUAACGGAUUCUAAAACAUCACACACACACACACACACACACACACACACACAUAUACAUACACACCAUAUAUCCACGCCUUCGGUCUCGAUGCUCUACGCUACCCAUCCUCCAUCCUCCAGCCUCUCGACCAAUCUGGCGAGCCAGUCUUGACUUGUUUUGAUUUUUUAGCCCAAUUAAAGAGCACGUCGGUGGAGCGUGGGCUGAGACAGGAUCGUCUCGGCGCUCUACCUGCCCCUCGGUUCGAUGGAUGGGGUCACAUCGGGGCGCAUUCAGAGGUCAUUCCGUCUAGCCAACGUCCAGAUGGAUUCUCCAGAGACGUGCACCAAUCACUCACACUCUCGCCUCAAGAAACGGAAAAAUUUCCAUUUCCAUUUGUUUGUGUCUGGACAUCUUUGUUUUUUCUCUCGUUUUUGAAUAAAUAAAUAUGAUUUGCUUUUUAUAAUUAUA